AUGGCAUCUCUUCCGGCUGACUAUCAGGCUAAUGCUACUUGGAUCAUGCCGGCCAAGGUAUUCUAUUCCGAGGUUAUGGCAAUUGCGGAUCACAAUUCCUUUGUCAAUGUAAAUGACGGUUUCUCUUUCCGUCUGUUUGGCAAGCCUGUUGUUGUUGAUGACAAUUGCAAGGUCGAUGCGUGUGGUUUUGGCGCGGUGCUUGUCCGUACUUCUGCAAUGGCUAAAAUCAGCCAAAAAAAGGGUCUGCCGUUUAAUCCUAUUCAGGGUUUUGGUGAAGAUUUGUCCUUCUGCCUGAAAGCCAAGGAAUGCGGUUUUGACAUUUGGUGCGAUCGUCUAGGGCAAACAAUGACACUGUUUGAAAAAACAAAAGCUGCGCUUCGUAUUUCAACGAACGCACUUGAUACGGAGAUUGCCGACAACAUCGAGACGGCAAAAGAAGAACUGAUCCGCGCCGGAGUUUCUGCCGAUGCGGUCAGCGAAGAAGGUUCGCUUGUCACAAGAGCCGUCACAAACAUUCGUUCUUAUGGUGAUGGCACCUGA